GUUUUUCUGGCUCAGCUCUGUCUCUGGAGAAGGAUGCGGGAAAGGAGAGGAAGGAAGAGGGUCUUAUGUCUAAAAAUAAUCAGUUCUUUAUUCUCUAAGACCAUUCGUUGCACUAUGGUGCUAACGCAGAGAACUCCUCUGCCUGAAACCUGUUUCGCAUCUGAUAUUUGAUGCCAGCCCUUACAGUGAUAAAGGCCAGGAAGCAAAUCCAGAGGCACUGAAUUUACUUACAAUCAGCCCUGAGAGGUCUCUCUGGUUGGUUUCUUUUCCCUGUUGUCACUCAUUAGAGAACGAGUUUACCCACAGCCAUCAGCCCAGCACAUCCAAGCUGGACCCGGGCCAAGAACGAGCAGCACUGCUGAAAUCUGGGCAGCGAGGUGGAAGGGCGAGCGGGGCACCGGUUGGAUGAAAACAUGCGAGGCCUGCUGGGCAGCAGCUGGAGGAAGUUCGGGCAUGCCGGCAGGGGCACCUACGAGUGGCUGACAAGCGAACCAAGCCUACCCCUUCAGGAAACCCAGCUGCAGGGCACCCAGCAGGUCAGCUCCGCCAAAGACGACGUGGAGCCCUUCCUGUGCAUCCUGCUCCCCGCCACCAUCGUGCUGUUCCUGGCCUUCCUGCUGCUCUUCCUGUACCGCCUCUGCAGGGCGCCCCGGGCGCAGGGCCAGGUCUUCAGCAUCGACCUGGCCGAGCACCCGCCCACGGGCGAGGACACGGACUUCCUGCCGGGCCUGCCCUGGAGCGGGGAGCAGGACUUCCCCUACUCGCCCCUGCCCGCGGAGGCGGCCCCCCUGUCCGCGUGUCUGCCCCCCUCCUACGAGGAGGCCACCAGGAGCCCGCCUGGGGAGGAGGCCCCCCGCCUGGGCCUGCCGGAGGAACAGGGGCCACCUGGGCCGCAUGAGCCCGUCUGAACUGCUCUUGGAAACCAUUUAAAACCCAGCUCUCCCCCUGCAUGGACCAGGAGGCCGACCCCCGGGUGCGGGGGACAGGAGGCUGGGGGCAGGCUGGACACAGGUCAGUCCAGGG